CUUUCGAACUAUGAUGACGAUUUUUCUACUAAUUUAUAUUAUUGAUGUCUUAUUUAGGUACAUGAAAGAAAAACCGUCUACAACCACAAUAUAAAUAAGUGAAUUGAUAAAUUUCGAGUUUUUUCGAGGCAGAUUUUCGAAAUAGGGGAAAUUUUGACAGGAAAAUCUAGUGUACCUAUGUAUUUAUAUCCCGUCGAUUGAAAAAGCGAAGCAUGAUGACAAAUAGUUCGAAUUUUAAGUUUGCGUAUCUGGUGUUAGUGUGUUGUUUUAUUUUGGUAGUGGCGGCAAAAGAUGCCAAAACAAACAAUUAUUCAUCUGAACUUGUAGCUGUAGCUGUGAUUUUUAGACAUGGAGACAGAUCCCCUUUGGCAUCUUUUCCAACAGACGAAUACUUUAAGAACCUUAAAGAUUAUUUUCCCAUGGGACUCGGACAAUUAACAAAGAAAGGAAUUCAAAGACAGUACAAACUAGGACAAUGGCUCCGCCAAAAAUACAAGGGCUUUUUGAAUGAAUCAUACUCCAAUAAAGAUAUAUACGUUCAGUCUUCAAACAUAGAUCGAUGUUUGAUGUCAGCCUCCGCCACAUUGGCUGGACUGUAUCCCCCAAAAGGCGACCAAGUAUGGAACGAUGAACUUCUAUGGCAGCCCAUUCCAGUUCACGUAGGAUCAGAGGCAUAUAUGAGAAGCCAAGAUUGCCACAAGUUAAAAAAAUUAUACAAGAAAACAUUAAAAGUGUACAACAAAGUUUUCAGAGAGAGAUAUUUACAGCUUUUCGAGUAUAUUUCCGCAUAUUCAGGAUUUGAAGAUGUAACUAUUUUCAAUGUAGCGUCUGUGAGAAGUUCUAUGAAUAUAUACAAGCAUUACAAUACCUCGUUUAUUCCCGAAUGGAUAAGAAAAAUAGAUCAGAAAACUUUGGAUUUUAUAGCAGCAACAAAAUACAUUAUCCCAACUGCUACUCAAAUUCUAACGAGACUUUCGGUAGGUGUUUUUUACAAUUAUCUCUUUGAAAAUCUUGAUAAAUUUAUUGACUCAUCGGUAACAGACAAACCACAAAAAUUUAUGCUAAUGGCAACCCAUGAUACAACAAUAUCACCCAUAUUAGAUGGUAUGGGCCUCUAUAAUAUGAGGCCUAUUGGAUUUUCAGAUGCUUUUAUAAUAGAGUUAAGAAAAACCAACGAAGGGAGCUAUUUUAUAAAUUUUCUCUUUAAAUCGGAAGAUAAAUUAGAACAAAGGGUUCUUAAGGACUGCGAAUUCGAUUGCAACUAUAGUGCAGUUAAAAAGUUACUGAAAAAUGUGACUAUUGACCUAGAUACAAGAAGAAUGGAAUGUGCCGAAAGAGGAAAGAUGAAAGCGAUCAAAGAUGGGAAGGAUGAUAUUUACUAGAUAUUUUAAUUUAUUAUUUUUAAGACUCUUACAGUUAAAUCAAUUAUUUAUUGCGUAGUAAAUAUUAUCUUAUUAUUUUAGUAAAUCUAGAGUACCUACUUCUUGCAAACUGUAUCUGCAACAGGCUCUAUUAAAUCUACCCACAUUAGUUUAGUUUAGGCAAAUUACGCUUCAUAUCUUUUGCAUAUUUUUUUUAUUUCUAAGAAAUUAUUUAAAUUGGUUGCUUUAAUCUUCAAUGUAAGGAUAUGCUUGUCUUCUUUUAUCUCCACCCUUGACAAAUGCCAGAAACAUUAUAUAAACGAGAUAGAAAUACAUAGGUACUGCACGAACAUCACCUGUUAGUAUAUUUCAGACAUAUGACUCCCUCCACAAAUUGAAUAAGAAUAAAUUGUACAAGCUUUGAAUAUUCCUUCGAAAUUAGUGAGACUGGUUAAACAUUGCCCAAUACUAUGAGUGACUCGGCAUUGACAGAAUACCGAAUAGACCAUCGCUACACUAACAUGAUUAUAUGUAUACUAUAUAUAUUAUAUUAUAUAUUAUAUUAUAUUAUAAUAAUAUGUACCAAAAGGCAACGUCUAGCGUAAGAUUAUCUGAGUAACAAAUAAAUAAAUUCUGUAUAUAGCGAGGAGUACGGCAAGGAGACCAUCUCACUAAAGCUAUUCACAACCCUUCUAGAACACACUUUUAAGAAGGCAGAUCUAUACGAAUAUGGUAUCAACAUAAAUGGCGUCCUUAUAGCCGAUCGUAUGGAUGAUGCAAUAAUAAUGUUGAACAAAUUAUAUCACGCUUCCUUAGAGGUCGGUCGGACUAAAGAUUAACUUCAACAAGACGCAAAAAAUGACUAAUCUGGUGCUAAAUCGUAAUAUUGUUGCUGAUGGAAUGGAUAUUGAGCAGACUGCAUCUUAUAAGUACUUGGACAUAAAAUUCGGUUGGAAAGAGAUAACCUGACGUGCGAGCUUUCACGUCACAUAGGAGUAGCCUGGUCAGCGUUUGGUAAACUGAACUACACACACCCAAACUUACAUGGAAUCACCAUGUAUUUCAAAGUAAUAUUUAUUUCUUUUGAAAAAAUUGUUGCGAAGAAUAAAGGUUUUUAUUGAAACUAAACAAAUAUAUGAGACAAUCGGAUAGUACAGCUCGGUAUGGUAUAGGUUAUUUGCUUGAGUUGCAAAUUGAACGAAAAUAAAUAAACUAGCUUUUGCGUCCAAAAACGAAAAUAUGCCUGAUGUGGGGUUAUAGAACUUCAACGAGGAAAGAUUAUUGGUCUUGUGGAGAAAGUCAUUUUCUCAGAGGGACAUAGCUGUAGAGCUAGGCGUAAUACAGGGCGUUCUGUCCAAAACCUAUGCCAGGAAACAGGAACUAGGAAAGCUCAAAAAUAAAGCAAGGGAAAGGCGCCAAAAGUAAUAGCGGUUCUCCAAGAUCGUUUAAUUGUCCAAUCAGCUGAAAGAAACCCAACCAUUUCUCACCUGCAGUUCCAAAGGCAGCUUUUGGAAGCUACAGGUGUAACUGUUUCAGUUGAAACGAUAAGAUGAAGAGUUCAUACCAAGAAGUAUACAGCAAGAGACAGUUAUGGGUUCCCGAGUUAUCCAGGCAGCAUAAGAUUGAUCGCCUAAAUUGGUGUCUUAACCACCAAAACUGGAACAUUGGGAAUUGACAAAAUGUGCUAUUUUAAAAAAAGUCAGGAUUUGUGUAAAAUCAGAUGACCCAUGGAAUCGUGUACUUAGAGGUCGAGGAAGACAAGCAAGAACGAAAACUGUCAGAAUUGUGAUCCGUAAAAAAACUCCUUUAGUUUUCAUCGAAUCAACUUUAACUGCUCACAGGUAUGUUGAUAACCUAUAGUCAGGCUUUGGAGAGGUGCAACAGGGGAAAAUUUAAUUUUAUUGCAUGAUAAUGGACCUCUACAUACCAUUAGAGUGACUACAGACAUCAUUCAAGCAGAAGGUAUCCCUUGUUUGGAGUGGCCUGCUUGCUUACCCGACCUUAAUCCUAUAGAGUAUUUGUGGGAUAUGCUUAGAAGAAACAUUAGAGCUCUCCGGGAUAAUCCACAAAACACCGCACUGCUAGUACAAGCUGCUCUUAAAGGAUGGAGCAACCUACCACAACAAAAUGUUGAUAAUUUGAUUAGGAGCGUGCCCAAGCAAACUUAAGCUGGCACAAGGACUAGAGGUGAUAACACUGACUACCACAAAAUACAAAAAAAUAAAUAAAAAAAAUUUAAACAUUAUUCGUUUUACAUUGAAAUUUUGUAUGCUAUUGACUUUAAAACAACUACUUUCAAUUUGUUUGUUAAAUAUUUUAUUGUUUUAUUUAAUUGUUGUGUAUUUGUUAUUAAAUUGCUUUAAAUAAAUAUUGUUUGACUUCGUGUGUUUGUUUUUUUAAAUUCGCACAAAAUAGUAAGAAAUAUCAGAUGAUUCCAUAUAAGUUUUGUUAUGUGUGUAUAUUAAAAUCGGACUUACCCAUUUUAGUGGAGUCAAUGAAGGUGGAUAUGAGUUAUUACCUCAGAUUUCGUUGAACCUCCAUCGAUUUUCAUAAAAAUUGGUGAGUGGUUAAAGGAUACCUCAAGGAACAAAGGUGACAUAGUGCCAACUUGCGCUUUUUGCAUUUUAGGGGUGAAAUACACCCCUUUUUUUUAAAUUAUUUUUUAGAUUUCUGAAAGUGCAGUCACUGUAAGUUUUCACUUCCUAUUUUGUUGAACCUUCAUCGAUUUUCAUGAAAAUCGGUAAGUAGUUAGAGGAUACCUCAAGCAAUAAAUGAUAUAUAGCAUCAACUUGCGCUUUUGCACUUUAGGGGUGUAAUACACCCCUACUUUUUAAAUUGUAAAAAAUGCAGAUUUCCGCAUUAUGGCGCAAGUAAUCUCGUUUAAUUAAGAAAAAUAAAUAUUUUUUUUAUAUUUA